AUUUCCGCUCUACAUAGGUGUUCUUCCUGGUUGUUGAUUCCUAUGUGAAAGUAGCAACAUUUCGGCCAUGAGCAAGUUCCAGUAGAAUGCAUGCACGCGACGAUUGGAAAAAGCGCUCGAUAGCGUAGAAUCUAUGUAGACGUGCGCGCGCUCUUUUUGCUGUCGAAGCGUCUCCUUUUGCGCCGGAGGAUUCAUGCAAUGCAAUAUUCAUUAUGAUUAAGUCCAAAAUGCCCGAAUGCUGUGCCGCAGCAAACUGCAAGCAGAGUGCGGACCAGUCCAACGUUUCCUUCUUUAGUUUCCCGCUGGAUCCUGAUCGAUGUAAACAAUGGGUGGGUAACUGCCACAGACCAGAUCUGGAGACCAAAACAGCUGAAGAUUUACACAAGAACUACAAAUUGUGCUCAAAACAUUUUGAGAUGUCAAUGAUAUGUCAGCAAAGCGAUCUUAAGGCUGUUUUGAAGGAUGAUGCCAUUCCUACUAUAUUUGAUUUUGUAUCCAACCAGGACAAUGCACAAACUAGCAACAGAAAAAGGACAAGGGAGAAAACAGGAGAUGAGCCAAUUGUCACAAAGAAAACUAAAGGUACCACCGAUAAUUUAAACCCCUCUGUGACAGAGGUGGAAGUUAAAGUUGAAAGUGACCCAGCAGAGAACAUUCAAAUUCAAAAUCCUCCUGCACAUGAUGAAUCAGAGGAGGAUCCUGCUAUUUCCAAAGCGAAGGAAACUUUGAAAGACUACUUCAAAGAGACGUUAGCCUUUACCGGUUUCAGCAUCGCCAACAAUGCUGCUUUUAACUCUGUUAAACCAUUAGGGAAUGACCCUGCUGGGCCGCUUUCUGUCAAUACCAUAUGUGCAGAGAAGAUCGACCAAAAAGAAGUGCUCACCUUAGGCGAGGAUGUGAUGCGUGAGGAGAUCCGCAAUAGUCUGCGCCUUGCGCGCUUCUUUUCCAUACUUCUCCAAGACAAAAUAAACAUUGAGGGCAAGGACCAGAUUCCUGUGUUUAUCCGCUCUGUCACAGGUGAAGGCUUUCCACAAAAACACCUCAUGGGAUUCCUUCCCUGUGAUGUUGACUCUGACAGUCUGUUUCUAAUGCUUAUAUCCGAGAUCCGCAACAAGUGGGGCCUGCGGAUGGAGCACUGCCGUGGCUUCACCUACCUGUCAUCAGGUAGCAUGUGUCAGAAGCUGAAGGAACUCUCCUGCAGGAUGCUGCGGGAUUUUCCACAGGUAGUUUUGUCCCCCAGUGAGCCCUACGCCUUCAACAUGUGGUUGAUUCGCUCCAUGCCUAUCCUUCCAAUUCAAGAUGUUGUUGAUACUGUAGAGCAAGUCGCUGCGGUUAUUAGGCAAUCAGAAACUCUGGCGAAGAAACUUGAUGGCAAGAUCACCGCUUCAUACAGCCACAUCAAAGGUGAGGUGGACCGAGUCAAGGAUUCUUGCCAGAACCAUUGGGAAUAUGGCACAGAUGCUUUCCAGACAAUGCUUGAUAUCUUGGAGCCGCUUUUGAGCAGCAUUGGAGAGAUGUGUACCAGUGCCCUUUCAGAUGUGGAUGCAGACACUGUAGAAGUGCUUCUAAAGCUGAAAGAGAAACUGAAGAACUUUAAUUUCAUCAUUACUCUUGUGGUCUUAAAGAACACGCUGUGUUGUGUAAGCAUCCUGAACCCCAGCCUCAGGGGAAUAAUCAGCAUCAGCAGCACUUUACAGUACACCAUCUCAAAUGCCUUAAAGCUUCUCACCAAACAUAUGCAGGAGAUUGCCAUUUUUCACAGGAAGUGGUUCUCUGAUGCAUUGGGCAGAGCCAAGAAGUUGGGGGUGCCUGUCAAUCUGCCAGUGGAGAUGGUGGCAAACGGUGAUGGCACGGAGAAACCACAAGCAUCAUUGGAGGAUUACUACAGGGAAGCACUGAGCAAGAAGGUUUUGCAAUACCUUGUUGAUGAAGUCAAAAGAGUCCUUGGCACUGAAAUGGCAAGAAUCCUCAGAUGGUUGUCAUUGGUGCCCUCAUACAUGGCUGACCACAAUUUUAGCAUCCGCAAAGACAAAGUUGCUGAUGCUAACCUGAAUAACUUGGCUCGUCCUGACUCCUUUUAUGAUGAGCUGGGUUGUUGGGAAGUGAAAUGGAGGCAUGCUAGCAAGCGAAGGAUUCUUCCCACUAGUGUGUUUGCUACCCUCAAGAUCCCAGAUAUAGGCUUUUACCCAAAUGUACAGAGCCUGUUGAGAGUCCUGGGCACCAUCCCUUGUGUCCAUGCAGAUUCAGAUGUGUAUGGGCAGUAUGACAUGGUGCUAAACCGAUAUCACACCUACAUGAAAGAAGUACCAGUGGAAAAAAGACUGAGCAAUAUGGCCUUUGUUUAUGUCAAUCAAGAUGUCCACUUCAGCAUUGAGGAAAUGGUAGAGGCGUAUGUAAAGAAAUAUCCAGAAGUCCUGCAGCUUUUACAAGAGGAUGACAUAAUGGAAGUGCAGCCAUCAGUUCCAGAAACCAGUGCAAAUGACACCUCUAAAGAAGAUACAGAAGAACCGAGAGAGAUGACUUUAAAUAUGGACGUUGAGAGACAGAAACCGCCCGAGUGUGCAGAAACUGAUAAAGAGGCAUUAAAAUCUGCAUUACAGGCUGCUGUCACUGCAGCAUAUAGCAGGCAAAGCAGACACACUCGGGGUGAUCAAGAUCAAGAAGUAGAAUAUGUGACCAAAUCUGAGAUGAAUGAAGUCCUUAAAGUGUGUGAGGAUGUUGUUAGGGAUAGGAUUCUUUCAGAGGUCGGAAAUUCAUUCUUCUCUCUGUUUAUCGACAGAGUUGUCAGAUUCGGAGAGACCGACUACUUACCAAUUUUCCUCCGAUUUGUUGACAGUUUCGAUGUCAUGCGCCUUGAGCUUAUGGGAUUUGUUGAGGUUAUUCUUGACACUGAGGCCAUGUGCGAACGGCUUUAUGAUGUUGUCACCAAUGAGUGGCGUCUGGAUUUGAGUUACUGCAGAGGUCAAGCUUACCUUGGCUCUGGUGAAGUGUCCUACAAGCUCAAGGCUUUUGCAUGCAAAAUACAGGAGAAGUAUCCUCUUGCUAUAUGCACACACUGCUCAUGUUACUCUUUCAAUACCUGGUGGUCAAGAUCAGUUCCAGUACCUGCAGUCAUCAGAGCCAUAGACACAUUAGAGGAGAUAGUGUCUUUUUUCCACAGCAUGUCUGCCCUUGAGAAACAGUUAGAUCAAAUCUUAGCCAUAGGCCUAAGAGAGAGCUAUGAGAAAAUCCAUGAGCUUCAAGGAAAAUUCUGCUCUUCUUGGCUUGAGAAGCAUGACUCUUACGAAGUCUUCGCUCAGAUUCUGGAGCCUCUGGCAGAUUGGCUAGAAAAUAUUGAUAACUGCCAACCACAAAGAUGGAGUUUGACAGUAUCCAACCGAGCCAAAAGACUACUUCACUUAAUUCGGGAUUUUGACUUCAUUGUGGCAAUUGUUGCGCUGAAGAAUGCCUCAUCCUUCACCAGAGAACUGAGUGCAGCUCUACAGAAAGAUCAUUUUAGUGCUGCCUCGCAGCUCAGCCAGAUCAGUGGUAUUGUGGCCACGCUUAACCGAGUGAAGACCAACAUCAAGGUUUUCCAUCAGAACUGGUUUGAUGAAGCUUGUUGUUUUGCUCAGAGUCUGGGUGUGCAGGUUAAAGUGCCUGAUAGCGUGAUUGUUCCAAGGGACAGCCUCUUGAAACCAGGUACAUACUACAAAGAUGCAAUGAGUGUCCCUUUAGUUGACCACCUCAUAAACAUGGUGAAAGAUUAUUUCUCUGAUGACCACAAGGAGGCUCUCAACUUAUUGUCUUUGGUCCCAUGCUCUGUGACAAUGAGCUAUGUUUUUGAAACGCUCAAGUCGAAACCUCCAUUGUACAUUGGUGACCUUCCAGAUCCUGACAAUUUCUUCACGGAGCUGAGCUGCUGGAAAGUGAAGUGGAAAACGAAAGUGGUUAGUGUAACCAUACCAGAGACCAUUUUUCAGACUCUGCGUCUACCCCUCAUGCAAUACUUUGUAAACAUCAAUACAUUGCUGAAGAUUAUGUGUGUGUUGCCAAGCACAGCUUUGGAUUAUUGUGGUGAGGUGAAGCGGCAUAAAAUGUAUCAAGACUACUUGAGCAACACCUCACCCAUGGACAGAUUGCCUUGUUUAGCCAUGCUUCAGGUUGGCACUGACUUUAACAGAGACCUAGACAGAAUGGUUGCUCAGUGCUUAAAGCUCACACCUAAGACGCUGGAGGGCAUUUGCCUGGACAAAGAAUCCAAAACCUUAGGAAGGACUGCUGAAAUAAAAAUGGAAGAUGACAUCCACAUGGAUGAAGUAGAGAACAGGGACACUCUGCAGGACAAAGACUCCAGAACACUAGGGGUGAAUUCUGAGAUAACAGGUAGUGAAGCAGAUACCCACAAAGAGGUUGCAGAGAGCAUAGAGGCUCAGCAGCAGUCUGAAAACAUAGCAGAAGUGGUUGCUGAGGACCAGCAUGUCAAGGUUGAUGAUGUGGACCAGAAUGUGGAUGAAAAUGGCCGUUCUGAUGAACCAGCAGAUAACAUAAGGAACUGUGAAGAAGUCUUCAAACAGGCAGCUAAGCUUGCAAGGAGAAACUGCUCGCUGAUCAACCUUAACAAAUCAGAGCAAGAUGCUGUUGUACAGAAACUUGCCUCAUGUCAUUGGGUACAGAAGGAAGGGGCAUCAUUUUCAGAGAGGGAAAUGCUGCAAAGUAUUGUAAAGGCCAUACGAGAAACAAUCCUCACUGAAGUUCAGGACUCUCCUUUCUUUUCCAUCAUUACUGAUAGAGCAAUCUCAGUGGGCGAGGCGAAGUUCCUACCACUCUUUGUUAGAUAUGUAAAUGACUGCAUUCCUAAAGUGGAGCUUAUAGGUUUUCUGCCAUUUGAUGAAAGCUCUGAUGUGGACUUGCAAGCUAAGGCUCUUUCAGCUACACUUGAGGAUGAGUGGGGACUUCAGAUGGGCUGCUGUCGUGGCCAGUCCAUCAUGUGCAUUGGUACAGGGAGCCAAAGUCUCAGGAAGAUGGCUUUGGGCUUUUUAGAGAGCUAUCCUUUAGCUGUGAACACUCCCAGUGAGUCUUGUGGACUUGCCUACUGGCUGGCUUUAAGCCUACAGAAUGCCUACAUUACAAAGGUUCUAGAGACAGCUGAGGAUCUGCUACAGUUUUUUGACCAGUCACCCAAAUUAGAGAGUGAGCUUGCCCAGACCAUGGAUGGGCUUCUGAAUACCCCACGGGAGGCACUUGCAGAGAUCCCAGAGACCUGCUUGUCUAGAUGGAAAAAGAGAGAAGACUUUUUUGAUAUUCUGGUGGACAUGUUGGAGGGAGCCCUGAACUGCUUAGAUUCUGUUAGCACCAACUCCAGUGGGUCAUGGAGUAGUGGCAUGUCACUGCAUUCUCAGACCCUGUCCACAGCCAUUAGACAGGUAGAUUUUGUCAUCCCCCUAGUGAUCUUGAAGAACGCCUGUGCUCCGUUGAGGAACUGCAGCACUGUGUUUCGCUGCGGAAACCCUGCUGACAUUAUUUGUGAGCUUGAGAAGAUUAUGCCAAUAAUAGAUUCUCUUAGCAAAAUGUUGGACAAUGUGAGUGCAGUGCAUUCUACCUGGUUUGAGGAGGCAGUGGAUCUUACUACUAAAGUCACAGGAUUGCUGUCAUAUGCAGAAUCUGUCAGUGGCCAUGAUUCACCAGAAACGUUCUACAUGGAAGCAGUUAGCUUACCAGUUCUAAACGGUUUGAUUGAAGAAAUGAAGUUUAACUUCUCAGAGAAUCACCUAAAAGCACUGAAAGUGUUGUCGCUUCUGCCAACAUGCAACCCUCUGCCCAUUCUCCCAGAAUCCACAGAUAAACUGCACACAAUAUACAUAAGUGAUCUCCCUGAGCCAGAAACAGCUGAAGAAGAUAUUAACACCUGGGCCACAGUAUGGAGGGAGAAAUAUCAAGAUGUUUGUCCUCCCACCUCCAUCUCUGAGACACUGCUCCAUAACGAAGCCAAAAACCUUCCAAACAUUGCAACCCUUCUUAAGCUUGUGGCUGUGUUGCCUAGCAUUAGCAUGGAGUGUGAUCUAAUGAAGACAACGCUAAAUGCCUUGAGGACCUUACUCAGAGAUGGUAUCUUCAGCAGAGGCAGUAAGACUGAUGCAGUCAUGCUUCUUAUGCAUCGGCAGACGCUGCAGAGCCUGGAGGAGGUGAUUGAGAAAUGCCUGGAGGGUGAUCCGGAAAGUCAUCUAUUUCUUGCUCAGGUAAAAGCAAGAGUUAGUCACCUGAGAAUGGAAGGUGAGGUGAUUGCUAUGGCUCCACAGGAGAUAGCUGUGGAUACAAAUGGUUCUGGUUAUCCACAAGAGGCAAAGGAUGCUGGAAUCGAUGUUAAAACUGCUGCUCCAGAGGAAAUUCCAGUGGAAAUAGAAAGGGUUGAAGAAACACAUGUCUUAAGUACACCUGACCAGCCAUCAUCUUUAAUGCUCAACAGCUCAGACAAGGCCACAACUGCAGCUCAAGUCAUCCCUGCUUGCAGCUCUCUACCGACCAGCACACCUGAACAACCAACAGAAUCUGUCCAAGAUGCCACUAUGCAAACCCCAGUAGCAGAACAUGAUAGAAGUGAUCAACUGAUCACACUGGUUCAGGAUGUAAAUGAUGGGUCUGAAGUAAUUGAUCAGUGUGGAAUUGGUCUGCUAGAAACAGGGGAUCAAACUGUAACUAAUCAAGCUGAGCAGUCUAAUGAAGAACAGCCAGUUAGCAUUGUUCAGUUAGUAUCAGUUGAUCAAAGUGAAACUGAUCAACCCAUGGAAGUUGAUCAGUUUGUAGCAACAGAACCAGUUGAAACAGACCAGCCAGCAACAGAGAAACAAAGUGAUUCAUCUAUAAAUGCUCAAGAUGAAGGUUGUUGCACAGUAACAGAGUUAGCAGAUGGUCAGUUGAUAUCAGAGGAUCAGACUGAAUCUGUUCAGCUCAUUGCAGUUGAUCACAGUGUAAAUGAUCAGUUGGUGUCAGUAGAUCAAAGUGAAACCAAUCAAGUCAUGGAAAUUGAUGAGAGUGGAAAUGAUCCAUGUGCAGUUGAAGAUCAAGUUGAAAAUGGCCAGCCAGCAACAGGGGAACAAUGUGUAGUUGAGCAGUUGGCAGUUAGUCCAGUUGAAACAGAUCAGUCUAUAGCAAAAGGUCAGGAUGAAGCUUGUCAGAUAGUAACAGGGAUAGCAGAUGAGGGUGAAACUGGUCAGUUGGUAUUAGGGGAUCAAAUUGAAUCUCAUAGAUUUGAGCCUGUUGAUAAGUCUCUCGAGGAUCAUUCUGCAGCAUCAGGUCAGGGUGAAACUGAUCAGUCAGUAGUAGAAAGUCAAGAUGAGGCUGGUCAGGCAGAAACUCAGUCCUUAACAGAAGGUCAAAGUGUAACUGGUCAGUCAGAAAUGGUAGAUCCAAGUGAAACUGAACAGGUCACAGUAGUUGAUCAAGUUGAAAAUGAUAAUUCUGUAGUAGGGGGUCAAGAUGACACUGCUCAGACAGAAACCAGGUUUCCAAGUGAAGGUGAAACUAGUCAGUUAGUAUCAGGAGAUCAAAGUGGAUCCGAUCAGCUCAUGGUAGUUGACUCUGGAAAUGAUCAGUCAUUAGGAGAUCAAAGUAUAACUGGUCAGUCAAAAAUAGUAGAUCCAAGUGUAACUGAACAGUUCAUGGUAGUUGGUCAAGUUGAAAAUGAUAAUUCUGUAGUAGGGGGUCAAGAUGACACUGCUCAGACAGAAACUGGGUUUCCAAGUGAAGGUGAAACUAGUCAGUUAGUAUCAGGAGAUCAAAGUGGGUCCAAUCAGCUCAUGGUAGUUGACUCCGGAAAUGAUCAAUCCUUAACAGCAGAUCAAAGUGUAUCUGGUCAAUCAGAAAUAGUAGAUCCAAGUGUAACUGAACAGUUCAUGGUAGUUGGUCAAGUUGAAAAUGGUCAUUCUGUAACCAGGUUUCCAAGUGAAGGUGAAACUAGUCAGUUAGUAUCAGGAGAUCAAAGUGGAUCAGAGCAGCUCAUGGUAGUUGACUCCGGAAAUGAUCAAUCCUUAACAGCAGAUCAAAGUGUAUCUGGUCAGUCAGAAAUAGUAGAUCCAAGUGUAACUGAACAGUUCAUAGUAGUUGGUCAAGUUGAAAAUCACCAUUUCAUAGUAGAGGGUCAAGAUGACACUGCUCAGACAGAAACCGGGUUUCCAAGUGGAGGUGAAACUAGUCAGUUAGUAUCAAGAGAUCAAGGUGGAUCUGAUCAGUUCAUGGUAGAUGAUGACUCUGGAAAUGAUCAGUCUGUAACCGAAGAUCGAGAUGUAACCUGUCAGUCAGUAACAGAAGAUCAAAGUGUACCUGAUCAGUUCAUAGCAGUUGGUCAAGUUGAGUCAGAACAGUCUAUAGUUGAUGGUAAAAACGAAGCUGGUCAGACAGAAACUGUAUUUCCAAAUGAAGUUGGAACUAGUCAUUUAAUAUUGGGUAAUCAAUGUAGGUCUGAUCAGGUCAUGGAAGUUGACUCUGGAACGAAUCAGUCUGUAAUAGCAGAUCAAGGUGGAACUAGUCAGUCUGUAUUACCAAAUGAAAUUAGAACUAGUCAGCUAGUUUUGAGGGAUCAAUGUGGAUCUGAUCAGCUCAUGGCAGUUGAGUCUCGAAAUGAUCAGUUUGUAACAGCAGAUCAAAGUGGAACUGGACAGUCAUCAGCAGAUCAAACUGUAACUGAUGCAUUUGUGGAAGCUGCAACUCAUCAGCCUAUAGUAGAUCAAAGUGGAUCUGGGUUAGCAGAUAAUGAUGGAACUUGGCAGGUAGCAUCGGAGAAUCAAAGUGGAACUGAUCAGCUUGUGGCAAGUGUACCCUGUGGAAAUAAUCAGUCUGUAGUAGAAGCUCAAGGUGGAACUGUUCUUGCAAUUGCAUUGAAUCAAAGUGUACCAGAUCAGUCUAUGGAACUUAGUCAAGUUGAAACUGACCAGAUAGUACCAGGGAAUCAAAGUGAAAUUGAUCAGUCCAACACAGUAGAUCAGUUUGGCCCUGACCAGCCUAAAGUAGCUGCAGAAGGUGGCACAAAUCAGUUCAAUUUGGUGGCUCUAGAUGGCUCAGACCAAGAAACUGCAGCAGUACACGUUUGCCUUGAUCAGCCCUCUGCAAUAACUCAGAGCGUUACUGACCAUUACACACCUGUUUCACCUGAGGAUAUUACUGAUCAUCCCAUAGCAUCAGAAUCAGAAGGCACAGACCAGUCUGAAGUAAAGGCUCAUGAUGGCACAGACCAAGUAAUUACUCUGGAUAGCACUGGACCUAAAAAAAUUGUUUUUACCCACUACAGUGCUGAUGCUCGAGAGGAAUUGCUCAAAGAACUAUGUAACAUAAAAUUCUUUUCCAUAGUCGCUGAGGAAGAGUUUGCAAUUGAUGGCCAACCUUACAUCCCUGUAGGAAUACACUACCUUGACAAACAAGACAUUCAGAGUGAAAAUAUAUUAGCAUUUAUCCCCCUUUCCACAAACAUUGCUUCAUUUGUGGAUACUCUCACCAUUGCCCUCUCUGAGAAGUGGGGUUUGAACUUGGCACUCUGUAGAAGUCAAUCCUUGGCAAGACCAGGUGCCUCACUCUCUCAGAUGACACAGGCUUCAGAUUUGCUUUCCCAGAGACUCCCUCAUGCUUUCAGUUUCCCAAUCCCUGUUACUCUGAAGUCUUUGCUAGCCAGUUGGUCCUCCCUGAGAGAGAUAACUCACAGUUUUGAGUGCUUAGAGCAGCUGUUUAUAUGGUUCUCUGAGGAUGUUCGACGGGUAAGACUAGAGGAUGCUGUUGUACAUUUGUUCCAGAAGGACGAAAGGAAAGCCAGUGAGCUGAAAGCCAAGAUCAGCAGUAAUCAAUUGGCAAUGAGCCAUGAGGUUCUGGAAAUUACUACAGACAUUCUAGAGGCCAUCGUGCUUUGCUUGAAUGAGAUGAAAGGAAACCAAGAUAAUGAGGCAAACGCAGCACAGGCCCAGAGCUUCCUUUCUGCUGUCCAAAACUUUGAUUUCAUAUUGACAGUUGUGAUUAUGAAAAACAUCUUAAGCCUCACCAAAAACCUAAGUCUGAGUCUUCAGGGAAAUUCCUAUGAUGUGUAUCAAGCUGUAAACCGCCUGUCUGAUCUCCUGCCCUCUCUCAGUGAAAUGAAGAACAGUAUUGACACGUACCAUCAAACCUGGUUUCAAGAGGCAGUUGCACUAGCUUCUAAGCUGCAGGUACCUUUGCUACAACCACCCUUAAAUGUGCACUACAGAGAGGACCUCAGUAAAGGGGCUAUUGAGCACUGUAUUGCUGAGGUGGAGGGGUUCUCCCAGGAUGUUCUGUCUGCUCUUCGCUGCUUGCAGGUUGUGCCUUAUGUCAUGUCAAACGUGGAGGGAUGCUGCAAGGACACUGAGUUUGCCAAGGUGUUUCAAGAUGACUUACCUGACCCAGACUCCUUCCAGACUGAGCUGCAGAGGUGGAGGGACAGGUGGCAAGAUACUUCUGCCACACAUCAACACCUACCCAACACUGUUCUUGGAACUCUCAAAGCUUCUGACAUCCAGUCAUUUCCCAACAUUUCAACCAUCCUUAGGCUCCUGGCAGUCCUGCCCUGCUCCAGCAUGCACAGUAGCUUCAGACAGGGAAAGAUGAAAUCUGAGCUGUACCCUCUGUAGUAGGCUUGACUUAACUGCCCCCAAACAAGCUCUCCAUUAGGAUGUCAUACACUGCUGAAACUUCAGAAUGUCCCUCUGUAUUCUCUAAACUGUAGAUCACAUCUGAUUGUAGGUUUCAGUAUGUUUAUUUUAUUACUUAAUAAUUAUGAAUUAGACCUGUACACUUUAAGUAUAAUCACAUAAUUGUUUUAUUGAUGUUUUGUCUUUUUUAUUUUCCUUUUACGUAAGUGGCAUGGAAAAAGAGGACUGCCAAUUGGGACCAAUGUCUUGCCAAAAAAAUGAAAAUAGGAUGCCCUUGGGGGGCCUUACUGCUUUGUGCCUUUAUGCAAAAACCCUACAUAACUCUGAAUCAUGAUACAAAAAGUCUGGAUGGACACUUUCAGACCAGACUUUCUGGAAAUUUCCUAAUAUCUUCAGGAACUUUUAAAGACUUCAAAUCAUGUAAAUCCUCUGAGAUGCAUUGGGGGGGAAAAGACAUGUUUUAUCACAAUAAAUUACAAUGGUUGUGUUAUACUGUCAAAAUAUCAUCCCACGGCACAAUCUAAAAAUGGUCUGUCCCUUUAUCAUUAUGCGUGUUACAAAGGUUGAUUUGUUUGCAGUUUUAUUUAGAUGAAUGGAUUUUUCUGUAAACAUUUCCCCCAGAAGCCCUCCUCAUGAAGGAAGCAUUCAUAUAUAUUUGACUAAAAUAAAUAAAAUCAUUAAAAAGAA